AUGGACUUUGGCCGACUAUUGCGCGAAGAACGCCGACGUGCCCGUCAUGAGACUGCUGGAACGAAAGUGUCGCUCAUUGAGACGAAAGCUACUGACACACCAGCGACAGUGACAGCUUCCGAGCAGUGUGCAGUAUCGUGGCAAAGUGCGGGACUGAAAGUGUGGCGUCCGAGAUCCUCAGCUGCGCCGCUUGAUCUGGACGCACUCCAGCGCGGGCCAAUUCGUGGCGUGUGUUACAUUCCCAACUGGCUGACACAGGACGAGGAGGACGCUAUCUUGGAUCGGGUGUAUGCAGUUCCCGACGACAGUGCGAGUUGGGUACAGCUCAAGCACCGGCGUCUGCAGCGAUGGGGCGGCGAAGUCAAGAGUCCGUUUAUGUCCGAGCCGCUGCCUCAGUGGCUCCAGCAGAUAAGUCAGACGCUAGUGGAUGUGGGCGUCUUUCACGACGCGAAGAAGCCCAACCACGCGCUGAUCAAUGAAUAUGCUGUGGGGGACUAUAUUCUGCCGCACGAGGACGGACGUGCGUACUUUCCGUUGGUGUGCAUCCUCAGCAUAGGCGCAGACUGCCGUGUGACGUUUCAGCCGCAUCAACGAGACGCAGCAGCUGCUACCCACGAAGGCGACUCCACGUCAGCACCGCAACGCACCUUCACGCAGCACUCGGCGUUUCCGCUGGAACGCCGCAGUCUACUCGUGUUCACGGGCGAAGCCUAUUCGCGCUACUUACACAGCAUCGACAAUGUCGAAGUGGGUACACGCGUUUCAUUGACGCUGCGCCACGUUGAUCUGCUCUGA